AUGCGACAUAUUCAAACCCACACGGGUGAUAAACCGUUCCAAUGUGAGGUCUGCCAGAAGCGGUUCUCAGAGGCUAACAUUAUGGCCCAACAUAUGAGAACCCACACGGGAGAGAAGCCCUUCAAAUGCACAGAGCCUGGAUGUGGUCGUCAAUUCUCCAUUUCUGGAGCACUAACAAUCCAUCGCAGGGUUCAUACGGGCGAGAAGCCUUUCAAAUGUAAAUUUGAAGGAUGUGACAAAUGGUUUGCAGAAUCCAGUAAUCUCACAAAACAUCUAAGAGUCCAUACGGGCGAAAGACCUUUCCAAUGUCCGUAUGUAGGAUGUGACAAGCGGUUCUCGCGACCGGAUCAGGUCACGAGGCACAAGAAAACUCAUCUGUCCGAGCAAGAAAGAAUGGCGGUAUUCAAGAGGUAG